AUGCUGGGCCGACUCUUGAGUACGGCCGCGUCGACCUUGAACCCGUCGGCAUAUUCUACACGAAACAAUGGCACUCCUUUGGAGUCCGUGACUGAAGAAGAACACACUUCCGGCCUUCUUUUUCCCGAUGCUAGCCUCCUCCGACGUUCCCAUGCUCAUGCCUACCCAUUACAGACAACUUUCAAUUCACCGAAUGCCUCGACUGCAGGUGCAUAUGAUGAUCGGGGUGGAAUGGAAUUGGAUCAUAUCAAAGAUUUCCGUGUGAUUGUUGCACAAAAUGCAUUGGGCGACCGUGAUGCAUGUGUCCUACUCGACACUCGUGCGUCUGAUUCAUCCCCGGCCGGCCUCGGAAUUGACCCACAAGGCCAUGAUCAACCCGGCCAUAAGCAUAGCCGUACUGUCUCCAGUCUUUCCCGUGGGACACGUCGCAAUCUCCUCACCCAAUCCUCCCUCGUCGAAUCGAGUCCUCUUUCCGCAGCUGCAGAUGCACGCAGGAUGACCCCGGCCAGUCCCGGUGCAUUUUCCCGAGCUCGUGGCCGUAGCUCUACAUUGGCACCAUCGGGAACAUGGCACGACUCGGGCCAAUCCCGACACUCUUCUGAUCCUAAUGAUACUGGCCUUUUGAAUUGCAUCUUCGGAAGCAGCGCCUUCAGUUACCGAGGGUCAUCUACCAAAAUGCACAUUAUCUCGGCCGAUGAAGAUUCCAGAGUCGGAACUGGGGUUAAUGCAUCCCCUGCUGCUCGCAGUCCACUCUCUCGGGCCUAUACUACAGGUAGUCCCUCGGGUCCCAUGGAUGCAAACCGAGAAAUCGAUGACAAGCCACCUUCCAAAGUUACAGUCCUCUUGACCCGCAUGUUCAGCGUGAAUCUUCCCGAGGGAGCUGAAGCAUCAGCUGAACGCCAUGACUAUGCCAGUGCUCUUUACCAAGAAUCCUUGCCCGAGAUGGAAUUCCCUUUUCCAGAUGUUUCCAAGCGCAAAAAGAUGAAGGAGAAGAAAACGCCAAUGUAUGCGGUUGCAAUCACAAUCCAGAUACCCUUAAUGGGACGCAAUUCCGGACGCCCUGUCUCAAGGUUUAGCACUUUCGGUCCGGACUCUCCUCGACCCGGCUUUUCGAGCUCGUUGGAUUCUGACCAUCGCUGGCCGGGUGGAUUCUUCGAUGAUAGCUUGUCUUCAGCAUCUCCACCGGCUAGUUUAGAUGAGCGUCUGGACAUGCUAGUCGACCAUUGGGACGUCAUCACUCGGACCCUCUCCCAUCUCGAAAGACUUGCUCGGAAUGAAGUCCUUUUCCUUCUAAAAAAAGUGGACUCUUUGUCUGGACCAAACCCCAAGCCUGUUAAGCCCCCAAAUAUGCAACGCACCAAUCAGACUAUUGUGCAUCUCCCCGCUAAUAUUCUGUCGGUCAAUUCAAAACUCAAAGAAGAAGCUAUUCGAAGCUCCCGCCGCAUCAGCUUAGCUCUGCAAACUCCAUAUGUGGUGACCGGACAAAGUCGCUGGGGUGUUUGGCGGGAAGAAGGUCGCUCGAUUGUUCGUGGUCUAGGCGACAAAGAGCAGAAUUUCUUCUUCCUGGUGGUACUGACAGCUUUCCUGGGAAACCACACGGAGUGGCUCAACAGUCUUGGCCCAGAGUGGUAUCGUCGCCGCCACAAUCAACAGCAGAAAGCUCAGCAGGAUGGUGAGCCCAUUCUCGCAAACAGGACUGUCAUUGUUUGCCCAGACAAGAUGACUGCUCGCCGUCUUGUGUUCUUGCUUGCCGCUUUCUUGCCUUCUAAACAGCGCCUAGAGCCGCUGCCUUCGCCGCUCAGACCUGGCACCUCAGCAUCAAUGCGUGCUGUCUCUCAAAGCCCUCCAACCGUGCCUGUGCUCCGCCAGGAGUCUCUUCGUAGAGCAAUUGAACGACGGGCUCGCGCUCAACGAAUGAUCAUAGGCGACAACGACCACCACCAACGAUCAGUCAGCGUUUCGUCCCAAGACACAACCCAUGGAGCCGACACAACCCCUCCAGCGGAAUACUCCUCGGCCGCGAACCGCAGAGGGUCUGACGCUCGUUCAAUUAAAACAUUGAGUGCGAACAUCAAUCCCAAAGAUGUUCGAGCCAUGAACACCAGCGGAGCAACUACGUCCAUGAUAACCCAGAGCAGCACUGUCCCAGUUCCACACUUCACUUCUCAGCCCAGUCACUCUACCCAGGCUAGAGCUGACCGCAGCGCAGCUGAAGGCAAUGAUAGUCUUGCGUCGGAGACUUUACUGAAGAGCCUCCAACGAAGCGAUAGCUCUGUCUUGGGUACUAAUGGCAGUGUUCCCUCAGCCGGAGGCCGCUGGGGAGGCAUUUUCGCCGGUCUUUGGAGCUCCCGCCAAGAAUCAUCGACCGAUGGUAGCGAGGCAUAUUCUCCGUCCGAUGCUCGCAAGCGAUCUGUCUCCACAGUUUCUGGUCCUGCUAGACGCGGCUCCACUACCUUGAGUCAGAUGGUCAAGGAAGUCACAGAAGACGAAGGCCAGAAUCAGCCUAAACUUGCACCUAGCGGAAAUAUCUCAAUACCGGCUGCCUCUGACGCGAUCCCUAAGAGCACCACCCAGACCCUUUCACCAGAACCCUCAUCGCUCAACAGUCAAGUUCGGGAGUCGCCGUUGAAGUUAUCGGUAAGGGCAGAGGAGGGCGUGGUAGAUGUUGAUCUUCCCCUUCCUGGCUUCAUGUCACUUUCUUCCUCUGGUGAUUCCACGAUUGCCUCGCCAAAGAAGACAAGGACAUCCGUUACCAGCAUGGAUGCAGUUGCUUCGACCCACAGCAGUGGCUCUGGAUUCCAUGGACCAAUGAAGGAUAGCGAUAGUCCGUCAGCCCACGUUGCUGGUUGGCUGAAGGCCUUCCAUGAAGAUUUCUCUCUUCAAGCAGUUCGUCCCUACGCUUCCCUCGAAGCCGAAAUUAAACGUGCUAUGCGGGCUGAGCCAUCCCCAUACAUCCCAUCCACCCCCGAUGUGGACGGCUCAGAGAGAUGGGUAGACGUUGCGACGACUUUGAUUGCAGACACACGAGCUUCUACAGUGAAACGAAUCCGCUUGCGCCGCAAAAUUACUGUGGGCCAUGGCUCCGACACAACUCAUACGCUUCCCUCGCCUGCCAACGGCAAUCCACGCCAGUCUGCUGGAGGUGUACCUGCCUCGCAAUUCACCACCUUCUUUUCUGGAAACGACAAACGUCACAAAGAUACCAACACCGACGAGCAUGAUCGGAGUUUUGUGGAAGAACGAUUUAUUGAAGAGCCCGUGAUGGACCUCGACGGCGUUCUAGUUGAUGCAGUUGAACGCGUCUUAGGACAGAGUGGCUACUCGUCACUAGCGCACUCGCGCGCUCCCUCUCCAAACCGUGCUCGUAGAGCAGAAGACAAAGACAAAGGCCACUCUCCUCGGCCGGAGGAAGUGCCUCCUCCCGAAGUUCCUCGGGGCGAAUGCCGCAAGAUGGUUCUAGGGGCACUCGAAGAAGUUGUCCGCAUUGUCACUGCCGAACACUGCCGCGAAGACGUAGACAACGCAGCUAGCCUUGCUGAUCGCGAGCGCAGAAGAGCACUCUCAGGUGCUGAUAAUACAUUGCGUGAAGGAAUCCGCAAAUGGCUCCUUGACGUCGAAGAAGCCUGGUGA